AUAUUUUACUUCCUUGAUUCCUUCUUCUGGUAACAAUCCCAAAAACCAAAAACAAAGCCCCUUUCUCUCUCUCUCUAUCUUUCUUCGAUGUCUACAAUCUCUGCAAAUCUGUGAUGCAGAGGAGGAAGAACCAAAAGGGUUGUUCUUGAAAGAUCGCCGGAAGGGGUUGAAGAACUGAUGGAUUUGCAGAGGCUUUGUGGGUUGGUUUUUGUUUCAGCUUUGACUGUUAUACUGGUCGGUAAUCCGAGCUCUGUCACUGCCGGGGAUAUAGUGCACGAUGACGAUUCUGCUCCGAAGAAGCCCGGGUGCGAGAACAAUUUCGUUUUGGUAAAAGUUCAAACUUGGAUUGAUGGAGUUGAGGCAAAUGAGUUUGUUGGUGUGGGUGCUAGAUUUGGAACUACGAUUGUUUCAAAGGAGAAAAAUGCACAGCAAACUCACCUUGUUCUUUCUGAUCCUCGCGAUUGUUGCAGCAAACCAAAAAAGAAGCUUACUGGAGAUGUUAUCAUGGUUGACCGAGGCCAAUGCAAAUUCACAACUAAGGCAAAUAUUGCCCAAGCUGCCAAUGCUUCUGCUGUCCUCAUUAUAAAUAACCAGAAAGAACUUUACAAGAUGGUGUGUGAGCCAGAUGAAACUGCUCUAGAUAUUCACAUACCAACAGUCAUGCUCCCACAGGAUGCGGGUUCGACCUUGGAAAAGAUGUUAAUGAGCAAUUCAUUGGUGUCUGUGCAGCUGUACUCUCCAAAGCGACCUGUAGUUGACAUUGCAGAAGUAUUUUUAUGGUUGAUGGCAGUCGGCACCAUCUUGUGUGCAUCCUUUUGGUCUGCAUGGAGUGCCAGAGAAGCAGCUAUUGAACAUGAAAGGCUAUUAAAGGAUGCUGCUGAUGAAAUCCCACGUGCCAAAACUCCUUUAGGUGCUAGUGUAGUAGACAUCAGCACAACGUCAGCAGUCUUGUUUGUUGUUAUUGCUUCAUGCUUCUUGGUUAUACUGUACAAGCUUAUGUCAGCCUGGUUCGUUGUGCUUUUGGUGGUUCUUUUCUGCAUAGGUGGUGUAGAGGGAUUGCAAACUUGCUUGGUUGCAUUGUUGUUGAGGUGGUUCAAACGUACCGGAGAAUUGUACAUUAAAGUACCUAUCUUGGGAGCAGUCUCAUACUUAACUUUGGCUGUUUCUCCGUUCUGCAUAACAUUUGCUGUUCUUUGGGGAGUUUAUCGCAACCUUUCCUUUGCCUGGAUUGGUCAAGAUAUACUUGGAAUUGCGUUGAUAAUCACAGUUCUUCAAAUUGUUCGAAUACCUAAUCUGAAGGUGGGUACGGUCCUCCUCAGUUGUGCCUUCUUGUAUGACAUCUUUUGGGUGUUUGUUUCUAAGAAGUUGUUCCAUGAAAGCGUGAUGAUUGUGGUAGCUCGUGGUGACAAAAGUGGAGAGGAUGGUAUUCCAAUGCUACUAAAGAUCCCACGCAUGUUCGACCCAUGGGGUGGUUUCAGCAUCAUAGGAUUUGGUGACAUCCUAUUACCAGGCCUGCUUGUAGCAUUCUCGCUCAGGUAUGAUUGGUUGGCAAAUAAGACUCUCCGUGCUGGAUACUUCAUUUGGGCAAUGAUUGCUUAUGGAUUAGGUCUUCUCAUCACAUAUGUGGCAUUAAACUUGAUGGAUGGGCAUGGCCAACCAGCACUUCUUUACAUUGUUCCAUUUACACUUGGCACUUUGCUGACAUUAGGUAAGAAGAGAGGUGACUUACAGAUUCUGUGGUCUAGAGGAGAACCGGAAUGGCCCUGCCCACAUAUUGAGCUUGAAGGUAGUCACGAAGUGAACGAAUAAAAGUUUAGAAACCAUUUUCUUGUAUGAUAUUUUAGUGUUGGCAUUGUAUAAUUAGUAGAAAUCUGGUAAAGAACCGACGAGCUUCGAUUAAUUUGGUAAUCUUGUCCGUAAGCUUAUUGCUCUUUAAAUUGAACGAGGGCGCUAUCUUAACUAUAAUUGCGUUCGUUUGGCA